GAAGACUAACCUUUAAAAAUGACAAAUAAUCACUUUGAAAUUUACUUUGAAUACAAGUAUUAACUGCUCAGAUUUUCAGUCCUGUCAUCUGCCAACUAGGUGGCAGUUUCUUGUUUCCAGAAAGGCGUCUCAUGCAGUCUACACGACAAUAUUUAAUUGACAUUUAUAUGUUCUGUUCCUAUUCCUUACAACAAAUAAAUGGUAUCUAAAACAAUAUAGUGAUAGGCUAACGCAUAAAUACGGUAGGAUAACUAAUUUCAACGUAACUUGAACGCGACUCUAAUUCAAAGACUGAAAUCAGGAAGUAGAGGGCCAUCCUGGAGAUGGCCGAGUCAAGGCGGAGAGUUAGCCGAGGAAGCCAGGAGGAGUCAGCUGGACAUUCCAAUGGAUUUGGUGGCCGCAAUAGGACAGAGCGAGUGGCUGACACAGGUGAUGAGGAUGAAGGUGCUGGUCCAUCAGGGAUCCAUGAAGAUGAUGAUGACCCAGCCCGUCGGAGGGAGAUAAGGAGCCAGUACAGAGAUCUCAUCAACUCUGUUCAUCAAAAUCGUGAAGACAUGCUGAACCCUGCUAACAAUAAACUAAUUGAUGUUUUAGAGGAAGCCAACAAGUUGUUUGCUAAUGUCAGGCAGGCUCGGGAGGCUGCUUUGGAUGCUCAGCUUCUGGUCCUUGCCACAGACUUGGGGAGAGAGAAGGCCAGCCAGCUGCAUGCAGAGGGCUCAUCUUUUGACCCUUCUGCAUAUGCCCAGCACUUGUUGUCCUUUAUGGGUCUUAAUCGCUUAGAAGAAGAGGACGGUAAUGAGGAUGACUGCUCAGAUGGGUACUUACCUCCAGAUGCCUGGCAGAGGCUUUCCAAAAGAGUGGAAAGCUGCUUCAAAACUGCCCCUUCAUUCCAUUACAUGCUGGGCUCAUUUUUGGUUGAACCUCCACCACCACGGCAGCGUAUUGAGAGACAAAGGAAAGCUCCCAGCAAAGAAGCAAAACGAGUCAUGCCCAUUCAGUUAAAGAAAAUGGAAGAAUCACAUCAGGAAGCUACAGAGAAAGAGGUCGAGAGGAUUUUGGGAUUCCUCAACAAAUACUAUGCUGAUAACUCGGAGUCACCUAUACCUUAUUACGACUUUGUGAUUGAUCCUACGUCCUUCUCCCGGACAGUGGAAAAUAUAUUUCACACUUCAUUCCUCAUCAGGGAUGGUCUGGCAAGGAUUUAUCUGGAUAGUGAAAAGCUUCCGUGCAUAGUUCCAGUUGAGGAAGGUGAGGUAGAGCCUGGGGGAGCCACCACUCGUCAGCAGUGUAUCAUCUCAAUCAGUCAAGCCAGCUGGAAGGAGAUCAUCAAGGCCUUUGACAUAAAAGACGGCUUGAUUCCCCCGCCAGAAGAACCAUCACAAGAAGACAGACAAGAGUAAACAAAUAAACGUGUUCAUACUCAUCUUAUACUUAUGUACAUACACUUUACCUUUUGAGUAAAGAAUUUAAUUUUUGUUCAUACAUUUAAUAUGUUUAAAUAUCAAAUGAAGUAAAAGGGGUCAAAUGUAAAGUGACAGUUAUUUUUUUAAGUCUUUGAACAUACCAAAACCAAGAUCAUUAGUCAUAUUUUAUUUCACAGAUGUAUAACAGAAAAUAAUCUUUUGUUCAAUGAGUAGCUUUUUAGUCUCCUUAUUGAAAAUCCUCUGAAAAACUAGAACACUGGUGAUGUAUGAUUGUUUCCAAUCUAUCCCAAGCCCAUUGGAGGUAUCCUAUGGAAGUUUCCAAGGUCAGGGAAGAUUGGUGCAAAAUUGCACACAAGUGGUGGAUAAUGGGUAGACUAAGCUAGACUUUAAAUUGAUAAUGUAUUCUGACCCUUUAUUUAACAAUGUGAGUACUCAAUGGUCAACACAAGUUUUCUUUUAUACAAAUGUGCAAAAUUUUGCCAAAUGGAUAUUUCAUCUACAGUCCCUAGGCAGGUUAAUGUUAAAAAAUACAAACAACCAGUCUAUAUACCAGUGUAAAUAUUUGUGAUUAAAAUACAUUUGCUAAUUAUUUUCGAUCAAGUUGUUGCUUUGUUUUUGUUUUUUUAUACAUAUUGGGGCAUUACAUGUCAGUAAUGUCAGUUAGACUCUGAAAUAUUAGUAUGCUGACCUUUGUGGAAUAAAUGGUUUAUUUCUGGGAA